GAAAGAAUUUACAACAGCGGUCUUUCACCAGAAGUCAAGGGAACAAGUAUCAAAAGGAAAAAUUCCCCCUCCCCAUAUCAAAACGAAGUUUCUGAUGCUGGAUUUGCGUACACAAAUCAGAUUUGUCUUGCUGGAGAGGACUGCAGGCCUAUACUAAGCCUGAGUAGAGAGGUUUUCUGCUAGGCGGUAAGCAUGGCAGACGCCUAGUCUGUAGGGCCAACAGCAUCACAAACCGCCUGCAGAAUGCGGCGGAGCCUGUGUAGUUUCGGUCCUGCAAGACAGAGAUGAUUUGAGGUCACAAAUGAGCAUAACAAAUUUUCUUAGACGUGCCUUUUCGAUAUGGGGAGGAGGGAUUUUUGCUCACGAUAACAAGUUCUGGCAAAAGCAGGACGGUAGGAAACCUUCCCGAAAUGCAACACAUGAGCGAUGGCGCCGAACUACCCAGCGGCGACAGUCUGCAGCCAGGUGCAUCCGCGAAGAAAGUAGGCUUUUUGAGCAGGCGGCAAGCACCCUUACAUGCGAUCUCUUCGACUCCACUGGCUAGUACUUCUGCAGCAAAGAACUCCUCUGGGGCACUGUUAACCACAACUGUACCACGUCCGCGGGCUCGGUACCUCGAGGAUAUUUGCGAGGACACGCCGUUUAUUUUCAACAAUCUAACCGGAACGAACCUGAUGUUUCCGACAGACGACCACUACUCGUCUCACGCAUUUCAACAUCAGAAGCGGCUUCACGAGCAGAGUCAAGAAGGCUUAGUGGCAGAUUUUACGGGUGGUCGUCCCACUGACGAACGUCCCACUGACGAACAAGACCCAGUCGUGCUGCCCACUACAAAUCCACGGACGCCAAUGCAACAAGCAGAGAAUCAUGCUGGUCAUGAUGAUGAACCGGAAAUUGGUACUACUGUCAAUAAGUUCGGUGAGACGGAGGAAGAACGAAGCUUCAUUUUGAUGUAUGCGGGGUAUUUGGAGUUGCUACCGGCAAUGGAAGUGAUGUCACUCGCCAUGAACUUGAAGCAAUGGGUGGACGAGGGUGCCGUGGGUGGAUAGUGUUAAGAACCGACGACGGGGCCUCGUGAAAACUCAUAUGAAACAAAGAAUUGACUUUGACUGUAAUGAAAAUUGUAGAAAUAUGCCACUUCUACUUCUAGUUCUACUUACAUAUACUGAAACUGAUAAAGAACAUAGCAAGGGGCUCUAGCUAGAAAUGAGUGCUGGCGCACGGAAGUUUUGCUAGACGUCUCAACAUUAGUUGCGUUUUCCAUUUUAAAAGUUGUUGCUCAUUUGGUAUUCGAAAAGUUUUUCUGCAUUUUCGACACUCAGCCUGCUGGAAUCGAGAACACAGUUCUUUUUGAAGCGACUGGAUUUGGUGUCCAAAAAGAACCUUUCUUCGAUUUUUGCAGAUGUUUCAUUCUUAAAUUCUUUGUGUUUUCUCAGCGGAACGCACACCACACGAGCAGUCAUCCAGGGUGGCGCUUGUCUUUUUCAACAUUAUCAUGUACAAAAAUAAAAAGAUCACUUCAUUAGAUACAAAUCAUAUAUAACAAGUACAAUGGGCACGAAAAACUGAUUACUUUUGCUUCUGAUACUAGUUUGACACUUUACUCCAAGCGGCCAAGACGCGUUGGCAGCUUCUCGCGAAUUCUGUUUGUGAUACGAUACUCAUACUUCUGACAACUUUUACUUCGAAAAUAAAGCUAUGAAUUUACUACAAUCAAAUUUCUGAAUCCAAAAUCAAAACAGUUGAUUGAUUUUUCGUUUCUGAUAAAGCCAAUACAGGUCAUUUCUGUCAACUUGACUAGAGCCGUUCCGUUUCGUUGUAGGUAUUUGGUAUCCAACGCGUAAGCCGCGGCGUUGAAUGAAGCAAGGAACGUACACGUGAUGUAGGGCCACAAGAUCUUGACGUUGUAGUCCUGUGCAAAAAAAAUGACUUUUGUAUAUCUGAUGUUGUGUUUGCAUUUUCUCCUUCGCCGGGCGCCGCGAGGUACGCCGCGACGGGGUGCGAAUGUGAAGAAUGACGCAGGGAACAAGAGCGACUUUUGUCUAGUUUAUCCCGGGAGGUCGUGGCAGUUGCCGACUAGAUGCACAACGGAAAACAACCGAAAAGGUAAACGAUUUAGUUAGAUAUCCCCCAAUAAUAUUUGUGCGCCCUGCAGUAAGGCAGAAAAGAAGUUCGAUUAUCGUCUUCUAGUGUGAGGGACGUCGAGUCUAUGCAUGGCUUUUGACUUGUUGCAAUGAGCUCUACAAGGACGGACCUUUGCUAAUGAUGUAACUCUCACUUCUUUUAGGUUUAUUUCAUAUUUCAUGUCACGCAAACUCAGCUCUGCCACUAUCUCUCGGUUUCACGGAAAAAUGCAAGUACGAACGACGAACAAACUUAGACUUACGAAAGAUGUGCACAAAAAGCGUUCUUCUUGUUCCAAAUAUUUCCGUUACAACGUCAAUUUCACGAGCAUCUUGAUUCUUGUCUCGAAAGUGUACUUGUAGAAAAAUAUUAGAAAUUGACACUUCGCAUGUUACCUAGGUAGAAGUCAUGAUCUGUUAAGUACGGCGGGAACAAUGUACUCUACGAAUGUAAUAUUUCGGAAAGGAACGUGAGUAUGUGUGUGUGAUGUGGCAGUAACCCAAUGAGGAAAAAAAAAUAUGAUAAUAUACGUCUUUUUCUGUUUGGUUCUUUUUUCUUUUAGUAAAAGACCCCUAAACACCAAAGAUAAAGAUGAAUGUCCACGAUUUCUAGUUUUCAAGGUCCGUACGCAUGCUGUCUUGUUUGCACCAAUUUUCGAAACAACCUCGACGACACCCGAGCCCUGUGUAAAAAUCAAGAUACAUUUGAAGAUCGAGCCUCACGCUCCGUUUUCAGAGGAGUAGGGUUCGACUGUAGUACAACAAGCCGAGAAGUAGUUACUCGUCCGUCCGAAUAGAGAACAACUGCUCGACUAGCAGAGUACUAACGGAUACUGCUGUCAUACGCAUACGCUUAAGUAUGAUGAAAAAGAGAACGGAGCUAAGGGGUAUCGAUCUUCGACUUCCUCUAGCACAAACCGGAUGAUUGAACAGGGACUGCAUGGCCCCGCCUCGGCAAGAAAUGAAAGCAGAGAAGUGAAGUAGACGUCCAUAUUACCAGAAGAGGGCGCGGCCUUUCGUUGGGUCCACAUCGGUAUUGGC